AUGACUUUCAAGACGGUUUGGGAAUGGAUUUCAAGUAAUGGAUGGCCAUUACAAAUGAACAAAAAUCUUGCUAUCAAAUAUUUUCAUGAUAAUGUUUCAGAAUCAAUGAGAAUCUUAACUCAUGUGGAGAUAUCAGCUCUUACAAAUGAAGUUUAUAAACAAAUUUUAAAUUUAAAUAUUCAUGAACAAUUGAUUAUAAUUGAUAGUGAAGAAACAUUUUUAACUAUUCCAUUUAUAUUGGGAAUACUUCAAUCAAAUAAUUCUUUUUUUGUUUGUGAUUCUGAUUGGUCUGAAAAUAUGCUAACAAACUAUAUCAAAGAACUUAAACCAUCAUUAUUUAUUUGUCAAUGUCAAAAUAAAGCUAAAAUUUAUGAUGAAGUGAUCAAUCAUGUUACUGUAUCAUCCAUUGUUUUAUUUGAUCAACAAAUUGAUUUUUUUAAAAUGAAAACUGAAUGUUUUUACAAAGAUAUUGUUUAUGUAGUUGCUUCAUCAGGUAAAGAAAAUUUUCAUUAG